ACACACACACACACACACACACACACACACACACACACACCAUGAGUAUGUCUGCAAUGAGCUCCUCUCCUGCGGCCGAUGUCCCGACCACACCUCCACCAAUGACCACACCUCCUCGCAAAGCCUCGGUCCGCCUGCAGGAGCGGCGGGGCUCUAACCUCUCGCUGCUAUUGGACGUGAGCAGUGUGGGGGCGGAGCCCGUGUGUUCUGUCUCCACGCCGAAGGAGGUGUGGCUUCAGCUGCUUCACACCUCGUCCCGCCCGCUCACGCACGCGGCGCUGCAGCAGGCCGCCACCGACACCAAAGCGCUGAACGCAGAGUAUCAGAAGAUCCCUCCAAACUUUGUGAGCGCCGCCGAGCUGGAUGUCCCGGGUCACAUGAUCAAAGACAGAUACAAAACCAUCCUGCCCAACCCUGAGAGCCGGGUGGUCCUGAGGAGCCCAGAGGAAGAGGCGGGGCCAGACCGCUACAUCAACGCCAACUACAUCAGGGUCAGAGUCCAACUUUAUUUAACCC